AUGUCAUCAAUCAAAGAACGUGUAUUUGUCACUGCAGCUACUGGAAACAUCGGUAUUGGUGUUGUGCGUGGUCUUGUUAAACAAGGAAUCGAUACAACAGCCUAUUUAGUUGUUGGUAGCUAUUCAUCUAUUGAUGUAUUCACAAAAGCAAUUAAAGGACAUACUCGACUCUUCCUUCUCGUUGCUGCUCAUGGUUUGAAACCAUGGUCGAUGAGUCAAAUCAAAGGAGCUCUUGGUAGAAUCGCGUUUGAACAAGGUGUUCGUCAAAUUGUCGAUCUCUCGUCAGCUUUUGUUAGUAGCUAUGGUAAGAAAGGCAUCAUCGGAUAUGUACAUACAGCAGCUGAAGAAAAGCUAUGGACACUUGCUGAUGAAAAUCCUGAACAACGUUCACUUGUUGUACUUCGUCCUGGAGCGUUCAUGACCAAUCAUUUUAGGGGUGAUGUUCAUACAAUCAAACACCAAAAUAAAAUUGCCUCUUGUGCAUCACCUUCAUCGAAAUCAACUUGGAUUGAUACAAAAGGUGAGUGGAAACAACUAGAAUUUAUCAAAUAUCAAAAAUAUAUUAUCAAUUAA